AUGUUGACAAAUGCCCCCGCUAGUAUUAGGACUAGUCCUAGUCCUACAGAUCCUCUUGCCUAUCCUAGUCCUGCUGUUUCUUCUGUCACCCCUAGGCCUGAUACUUCACAUUCUAUAGAUUCCAAACCUUCUGUAUUUUUGACGCCUUUAGCAAGCUGUGUACAAGCUUGUAAUGGCCAACAACUUGCAUUCCAGAACUUUCUUCAGCAAAACUUAUCCAACAAUGGUUCUUUUGAUUCAGGCGCAGGCACGAGCUCCACGAUUCAGGUUGCUCCGACUUCAGCAGCCUGUCCAGACUCUGGAACAGCUAAUGGCUGCAUCAAUUGGCAAAAUGACUCAGAGAUCAAUCUUCCAGGCCCUGGCGUAGAUGAGAACUCCUCAAUUUCAGUGCCAACAUCCGUCAAUUCAACAUCUCAAAACUCUCUGAGCCAUUCUAUCAUCGACAGAUUGAACUUUGGCUUAUCUAUUAUGGCUCAAAUAAUCUUGAGUAGAGACUCCCUAGAAUUCACCCCACUUGACCCAUCAGCUCUGGAAACAAUUGUUAAAACUGUUCAGGCAACUGUGAAAUUCAUGCCCAACCACUAA